CGGGGCGGCUGGCCCGAGUCCCUGUCCCGGUCGCGUCGUGGGCAGGGAGGGAGACACCCAGUGCUCACUCUCGGUUAUUUUUAGCCGGUGGCUGACACCCCGCCCGGGGCGGGGGGCGGAGCGGAGGUGGGGGUAGAGGGAGCUCCCGGCGCCUCGGCGCUCGCUCCCGCGGGGACUCGCGGCGCGGCCGAGCCGGGCGGCUCUGGGAACAGCUGCGGCGGCGUCCUCGGCGGCAGCGCGGCUCUCCGCGGGGACCUGCGCCGAGCGGAGGAGGGGCCGGCGGGGGAGGAGAGCCGGAGAACGGGCGGGCGGGAAGGGGCGGGGAGCGCGCUCCUGCGGCGGCAGCGGCGGCGGCGGCCGUCCUCAUCCCGGCGGCCCAGCGCUCGAGUGGACGCGGGGCUUCGCAAAUGGCUUGUCCCGCUCUCGGUCUGGAAGCUCUUCAGCCCUUGCAGCCCGAGCCGCCCCCCGAGCCCGCCUUCUCCGAGGCGCAGAAGUGGAUCGAGCAAGUAACCGGCAGAAGUUUUGGUGAUAAAGAUUUUCGGACAGGGUUAGAAAAUGGAAUCCUUCUCUGCGAGUUGCUGAAUGCUAUAAAGCCAGGACUUGUUAAAAAGAUCAAUAGAUUGCCUACCCCCAUUGCAGGAUUGGACAACAUCAUAUUAUUCUUGAGAGGCUGUAAAGAGCUCGGCCUUAAAGAAUCUCAACUUUUUGACCCGAGUGACCUACAGGAUACAUCCAACAGAGUAACAGUCAAGAGCCUUGAUUAUAGUAGGAAGCUGAAAAACGUCCUAGUAACCAUUUACUGGCUGGGCAAAGCAGCAAAUAGCUCUGCAUCUUAUAGCGGGACGACACUGGACCUGAAGGAGUUCGAAGGCUUGCUGGCUCAGAUGAGAAAGGAGACUGAUGACAUUGAGAGUCCCAAACGCAGUAUCCGAGACAGCGGCUACAUCGACUGCUGGGACUCUGAGCGGAGUGACUCCCUCUCUCCCCCCCGACAUGGCAGAGAUGAUUCCUUCGACAGCCUGGACUCCUUUGGCUCCCGUUCCCGGCAGACACCUUCGCCCGAUGUAGUCCUCAGGGGAAGCAGUGAUGGGAGAGGCAGCGACUCUGAAUCCGACUUGCCCCAUCGGAAGCUGCCAGAUGUGAAGAAGGAUGACAUGUCUGCGAGGCGGACUUCCCACGGUGAGCCGAAAUCAGCAGUGCCUUUUAACCAGUACCUCCCCAACAAAAGCAACCAGACAGCCUAUGUCCCCGCGCCUCUGAGAAAGAAGAAAGCUGAACGAGAGGAAUAUCGGAAGAGCUGGAGUACCGCCACCUCCCCCUUGGGUGGGGAGAGGCCCUUCAGCUAUCCUGAAACAAUAGAGGAAGAGGGAAGUGAAGUGGGGUCUUCUUGUGAAGAGGACCCCGUUGGCCAAAUGGACCCCCGUGGGAAGCCUCCUGAUGGUGGGUUAGAACUCUCCCCCAGCCGUGGUAAGGAACAGCCUCCUCCAGAGGGGGCCACGGUGGCAGCAGCUCCCAAGGCUGAAGAAAAAGAUGCUGUUGAAAUCCAAAAGCGGAGAAGGCUAGAGCAAGCUGGAAUCAAGGUCAUGCCAGCAGCACAGCGCUUUGCCAGUCAAAAGCAAUUAAGUGACGAGAGAGAAGCUGUUCGAGACAUUAUCCUUCGCAGAGAAAACCCUUUCCUGGUCCACCAAAGUGGCAAAGAUCCAGAAUCAGAAGACGAAGUUGCAUGUCGACUGCCGGAUCUGGAGAAAGAUGACUUUGCUGCCAGAAGAGCCAGGAUGAACCAGACCAAGCCAAUGGUGCCACUGAAUCAGCUUCUCUAUGGUCCUUACCGGAAAAGAGCAGAGAAAUCAGACGGCAGCAAACAGCUCUCGAAGGGAAUCUCAGAAAAGAAAAAUCUAGAACAUAAAAGAAACCAGGGCCACACUGAAGAGGUGAAGCCAAGGGUGACCUGUAUUGUGCGGGCUCAGGAGCAUGAACCUGCAGGCGAGGGACUCAGGAAGGUCCCCGAUCUUUACAAAGAUGACCUGGCCCAGCGGAGGAUUCAGGGCAGGCUUGGUCCUCACCGCGAGGCCCCGAGCUUUGUCACCGUGUCCAAUAUAACAGAAGCCGACCUGGAGACGUGGGAGAGGCUGAAAGUGUCAGGAAAGACGAGGGAUGGCGAUGUUGAGCACACGUGUGCUCCUGAGCCUUCACCAGAAAUUAAAGCGGAAACUGCCAUCCGUGAUGACUUUGCCAGUCGCAAGACAAGGGCCUAUGAGAAAGCUUCCGGGCCUAGGCAAAAGUUUGUGCACUUUGGACCAGUGACAGAGAUAGAUCAGCAGACAUGGAGGCGGCUCAGCAUUGGCAAGGCUGGGCCGAGGGAGGAGGCAGAGGAAGUCAUCAGUCAUGGCAGCACGAUUCAAACCGACUCUGUGUCCCCUGCCUCGCCGGCCACGUCCAGCCUAAAGGAAGAACCCGUGCUCAGUCCACAAAAUGACCACAGAAUAGUGACUUCCAGUGUAGAUGACUGUCCUACAAGGGUCUCGCGGCUGGCUCCGGUGCCCGAGCCCCAGGAGGAGCCUAGCUGCAGUUUGGGCGAGUGCCCGAGGAGAACAGAGGAAGUUACUUGCAAGCAGCUGCCACAGGGCAGCAAAGAAGAGAACGAAGGAGCUGUGCAAAGAGAUUCUGAGAAGGCGCCAAAGGCUGAAAGAUCCGCCGAGGAGAGCGGCCAGCCACUUUCAUGUCCUCUGACCUCUAAAUGGGAGGCUUUGGAGAAAGAAGAGAAGUUGGAGAAGAUGACAGCUCCUGCCUGGAGUGGCAGUGGACUGAAAGGCCAGAGAAAGUUGUCUGAUUCACAAAAAGAUGACAUGACAGCCAGGAGAACUGGGAUGUUUCUUAGACACACUGGAUCCAACCCAAACCAGUUCCUUCCAGUUCCAUUUGCAAAGCAACACAGUAUGGAGGACUCUGCCAAGGGCCCACCAAUAAAAGAUAAGAGAUACGGACCGAGAACUCCUGUGUCUGAUGACGCAGAGAGCACCAGUAUGUUUGACAUGCGGUGUGAGGAGGAGGCCGCGGUGCAGCCGCACAGCAGGGCCCGCCAGGAGCAGCUGCAGCUGAUAAAUAACCAGCUGCGGGAAGAGGACGACAAAUGGCAAGAUGACCUGGCUCGUUGGAAAAGCCGGAGAAGAAGUGCUUCUCAGGACUUAAUCAAGAAAGAGGAAGAAAGGAAAAAAAUGGAGAAGUUACUGGCUGGAGAGGAUGGGACACGUGAACGAAGGAAAAGCAUCAAAACCUACAGAGAAAUUGUCCAAGAAAAAGAGCGGAGAGAGAGGGAGUUGCAUGAGGCGUACAAGAACGCACGGUCCCAGGAGGAGGCGGAAGGGAUCCUUCAGCAGUAUAUCGAGAGGUUCACUAUCAGCGAAGCUGUUCUCGAACGUUUGGAGAUGCCAAAAAUUCUGGAAAGAAGCCAUUCAGCAGAGCCAAACUCAUCCUCCUUCCUGGAUGACCCCAACCCCAUGAAAUACCUGCGGCAACAGUCACUGCCUCCACCCAAGUUCACUGCCACUGUGGAAACCACCAUCACUCGUACCAGCGUUCCGGAUGCCAGCAUGUCAGCAGGCAGUGGGUCUCCGAGCAAAACUGUCACUCCCAAAGCCGUGCCUAUGCUGACACCCAAGCCUUACUCCCAGCCCAAAAACUCUCAAGAGGUUCUGAAGACCUUCAAGGUAGAUGGAAAAGUCAGCAUGAAUGGAGAGACAGUUCAUGGUGACGAGGAGAAGGAAAGAGAGUGUCCUCCGGGGGCACAUACUCCCUCCUUGACCAAAUCCCAGAUGUUUGAAGGUGUGGCCAGGGUGCACGGGUCCCCCGUGGAGCUGAAACAAGACAACAAUAGCAUUGAGAUCAACAUAAAGAAGCCAAGUUCUCUUCCCCAAGAGCUACCGGCAACCAUUGAGGAAACUGAUGCAAACCGUCAAGAAGAUGAGAGUGAUGGUGAAAAAAGAGAAAAAGGGAAUACGGACAUUGUCUCGCCAGAACCACAGCAUUUUACAACAACUGUGACGCGAUCCAGCCCGACCGUGGCCUUUGUGGAGCUUUCCUCCAGUCCUCAGCUGAAGAACGAGGUGCCAGAAGAGAAAGAGCAGAAGAAACUGGAAAAUGAAAUGAGCGGAAAGGUGGAGUUGGUGCUGUCACAAAAGGUGGUAAAGCCAAAAUCUCCGGAACCAGAAGCAACCCUGACGUUUCCAUUUCUGGACAAAAUGCCCGAAACCAACCAAUUACAUUUGCCAAAUCUCAACUCUCAAGUGGAUUCUCCAAGCAGUGAAAAGUCCCCUGUGACUACACCUUUUAAGUUCUGGGCAUGGGACCCGGAAGAAGAGCGCAGGCGACAGGAGAAAUGGCAACAGGAGCAGGAACGUUUGCUCCAGGAGAGAUACCAGAAGGAGCAGGACAAGCUGAAAGAAGAGUGGGAAAAGGCCCAAAAGGAGGUGGAAGAGGAAGAACGCAGAUACUAUGAGGAGGAGCGCAAAAUAAUUGAGGACACUGUGGUUCCAUUUACUAUUUCUUCAAGUUCUGCAGACCAGCUGUCUACAUCCUCCUCCAUGACUGAAGGCAGUGGGACAGUGACUAAGAUGGACUUGGAAAACUGUCAAGAGGAAGAACAAGAAACAAGACAGAAGAAACCACUCCAGGGGGACAACAGUGACUUGUUGCUUAAGACGGGGGAUGGUGACCCACUGGAGGAAAAGGGCAGCCUGACUCAAGGAGUCUUGACUCAUUCGGAGAACCCUGCAUCAAAAGGAAUCUAUCAGGACCAUCAGCUGGAUGCAGAAGCUGGGGCCUCACACUGUGGGAUGAACCCACAGCCAGCUCAGGAUCCAUCGCAGAAUCAGCAAGUAUCAAACCCACCAAUGCACAUUUUAGAAGAUGUGAAGCCAAAAACUCUUCCGUUGGACAAAAGCAUUAACCAUCAGAUUGAAUCUCCGAGUGAAAGGCGGAAGAAAAGCCCUCGAGAGAACUUCCAGGCUGGGCACUUGUCCCCCUGCUCCCCUACCCCUCCUGGCCAGUCACCAAACAGGUCUAUAAGUGGGAAGAAGCUGUGCUCCUCGUGCGGGCUCCCGUUGGGUAAAGGAGCUGCCAUGAUCAUCGAGACCCUCAGUCUCUAUUUCCACAUCCAGUGCUUCAGGUGUGGAAUUUGCAAAGGACAGCUUGGAGAUGCAGUGAGCGGGACGGAUGUUAGGAUUCGCAAUGGUCUUCUAAAUUGUAACGAUUGCUACAUGCGAUCCAGAAGUGCUGGCCAACCCACAACCUUGUGAUGUGGUUUUCAGGCUUCCAGAUCACUCACCGUUUCCUUACUGAGGGUGUCCGCGGGCAAUUCCCUGUUUAACAACAUCCCCAAUUCAGGGGAUCCUCAGCAUUCAUCUAAUUUCUGAAAGGCUAUCCUAAAAGAUGGUAUCUGUUCUUUUGCAGCACAGUGUUUGUGUUUUUCCUGGUUUCUUUUUCUUUUUUUUGAAUUUUUUAAUUUUUUUUUUUGGCAUUUGCACAACAUAUACAGAAAAAAUACUGAAUUGUGAUGAUCCUGAAUAGUUUUUUAAAAAGGUCUUAGUGUGGUCACACAGGCUUACCGUUUAAGAUUUGUUAUUCUCUUUGAGAGUUAAUGAGAUUCAUGAUGCAAUAAACCUGUUUUUCUUUUUUAAUAGCAUUUCUAGGAAUGAAACACUUUAUGUUUACAGAAUUGAGCUGCAGAAAAUGCAGGACAUGCCAAUUUGAGACAUGCAGUCUUCUGAGACAGGCGCAUACAAUUAAUGCAUUUCAGACACUAAAAAUCACAUUGUCUAGCUCCGAGCUAUAACUUGUUUUUAAUGCAGAGAUGCUAGCCUGAUAAUAUAUACUGUAAUCCUGAAACGUUUGUGUUACUUACCUUUUGAGGUGGAAGUCAUACCAAUAAAUUAUUGCACCAUUAGUAUUAGAUUUUGUGUACUUUGGAAGUUAUGCCAUUACUACAGGCUGACCCAUCCAAUAGAGAGAACCCUUGCGACAUUGGCUAGACUUACACUCUGGGACAUUGCCCGAGGAUAGGAUGAAACCAGAGGGACAUAAUUCAGUCAUCAUUUCCCAACUUAUUACCAAAAUCGGUGAGGAAGUUUAAUCUGCUCAAGAGUCGUGAGUCAGUGAUGGCCAUUCUCAUCGAGAUUAGCCCAUCUUUGGGUGUGACCACUGCUCAGCUUUGCCUGCGUGUUCUCUUUGGGGGGACUGAAGCCCAGAUGGCUAAAGAAAAGCAUUAAGUCCAUCCUCAUAGAAUCCCAAUGGCACAUGAUGUGAUAAGCCACUAGCGCGUGAUCAGCAAGAACCCACCGCUCACACCGUGCCCUGGCCACCCUCAUGGACACCUGCCAGCCCGCCCUCACUCUCCUCCAUCACCAACCAGCUCUCUUCACCACCAAGAAUUCUGGACCUUGCUCACAGAGAAGUUUAGCAAGGAACUCUCGUGGAGAGCGGGUUUAAUUUUUUUUUUUUUUUUUUUUUUUUUUUUUUUUUUUUGCCCUGGGUGAUGAGUUUCAUCUGGCCAAGAAAAGCAUCAAGUGACUAGAAAGCAUCAUGCUUUAGAUCUCCAGGCUGUUUUCUGUAAUACUGGGGAAAGGGGAACUAUUUAUUCUGCCUUAAAAGGAUGGCAAAUAAGUGAAGAUGACAUUUUGUGAAUGUAGACUCUGGAUAGACUCCUAAUAGUAGUCAUUAAAGGAGAUCGAGUAGAUGUUUUUUUCUGUUCUGUAAGCAAUCCUUUUUUUCCUGUGUCCUAUUGAGUAUGGCUAGCAAUUAUUUAUUUACAUGCUAGAUGCUCCUCUGCAUGCAGAUUCCAUGUUAAGUGCAGAAAUUUCCUCAGCCCCUGGAGAUAUUUUGACCAUGUUGUCAUUUGGAUGAGCUGUCGUUAGAUUGGAAUUUACACAUCAUUUCAUUACAAAUUGUGCCUUAGAAAAUGCAAAGCUGUUGCACACAGUCGGUGAUGAAUUAUGGAUGCAGUACUUUGAAGAGAAGUGAAGUCACUUCCAAGGUCUCAAGACUUCCCAUAGAGGUGUUCGCUGUUUUACAAGGGGGGAGGGGGAGAUUAAAAAAAAGAAAAAUAGAAAAACUAAAAAAAAAGUUUUGCAAAUGUACAGAUUAAGUCCAAUAUUUUGAUUAACCACCUGCAUGUUUUAUUAAAGAUUUUGAUAAUGUGGAUGUUUACACUUUGCAUGAUCCUAGCCGAGUACUUUACCCCCGAUGAUGCGCAAAACAUAUACAAGAUGAUCAUUCAUAACUGAUUUUUAUAGAAUACUUUUUACAUGCGGGACUCCAUCUGUUAUGUAAGGAUUAUAUGACUAUCGCACAUUCUCUUCUGGUUUCACAAACCCAUUUAUACAUAUUUCUUAGCGAGACUCAUUGUACAUGUAUUGAAGCUAGAAUCAAGUCAAGAAAAAUAAAGCCCCGUUCUCCAACUGCGAAAUGUGCUUCUCCAUAAUGAACAAUAGUCACCAGCACAGAAUAAUCUCCAACAUUUUCUAAAUUCUAAUUGCCAACUGUUUCUAUUUAUAUUUGAUUUAUAUUUCAUUUGGAGUCUGUUACAUGGCAGCUCCGGCAGACUAGAUCUUGUUUUUUCCAAUGCAGCGUAAUGAAGAUGAUCUAUUUCCUUUCAAAUAAUCUUUGAGAUCCCAGGGAAAAAAAAAAAAAAAAACUGCUCUGCUCUAUGGAGCUGCAAUGUAAAUGUGUUUGUUUAAAAAACAGAUGGGGCAAGUGAAUGAUUGAUUGUUCCUGAGGAAGUAGAUCUUUUUUUUUUUUUUUCCUUACAUUUCACAAGCUAGCCCUUUCUCUUUCUUAAGGAAAAUAAAGGAGUAACUCUGUUUUUCACUUGCAAACUUCCACGACAUUUCUUCACUCUUUCUAUGUAGUGUUGUUAAUGCAAUACGUAUUAUAGUUAUCUAUACACAGUGUAAGACUUAACAAGCUGAAAUGAUCCACCCUUAUAUGUGAGUCCGUCCAAAAAAUGUUACUGUUCUGGGUGGGCCGAUGUUCUAGAUCAGUUACACUAACCUUCAUUUAAAAUAUUUAUUCUAAAAUGCCUCCGAGAAAUAGUAAAAGAAAAAAAAAAGUUGUCUAAAAUGCAACAGCUUUUAUAGUAAAUGUACAUUUAUAAAUAAAAUACUCAAAUCAA